CUUUAUGCAUUUAUAUCGUAAAAAUAAAUGCGUUUUUCCUAGCACGUACUCAUCAAAAGAAAUCAAUGAACAUGAGAGACUGAAAGGUGUAAGUUCACACCUAUUAAUGCUACAUACUUCAUCACACUAUUAUUGUAUACGUGUGAGAAAGCUAUAUAUACACAAGUUAUUCACUGAUACGAUAGACACAUGGCAGAGAUAGUUUUAAUUCAUAUUUUGUCCAUACUUGUCGCUGAUCACAUGCUUCGAGCGAAAGUUGAUGAACAAUCUUAAAACGUGAGAUAAUUUGCUUUGUUAUUACAAUCAUAAAUUAGGACAUAAGAAAAAUCACCAUUUUCACAUCCUUAUCAGAAUAUGUAUCUUAUCAUUUAGCAAAGAUAUUUAGGUUUUUGAGUUAUGUUGAUACGUGGAUAUAUUCAAACUUGAUUUGCGGUUUCCCUUAACUUAUCGUUAGUAUUGUUUUUUCCGUUGUCAAUAAAUUCUAAAACAUAUAAAAAGAGGAUGGCACAUAAAUUGACCUCAGUAUCUAUGAAAAAUAGUUGGCGUAUUGUAUCGUAUAGUAGAGACAAAAGUUAAAAUCAAUGGUUAUUUAGAAGUUUUGAAAAUUUAUCAUCAAACAAGUAUUUCAUUUCGUUGAAAUAAGAAAGAAAAUAUAUUACAGUUAUAACAUUAUUAUAAAAGAAUAAUUAAAAUUUUCUACUUCUUUAUUUUUAAUAAUUGACUAGAAAUAAAAAAACAUCGACCAUCUCCAAGUUCUUAUCUAAUAGUUUAGUAAGAAAACAAUGGCGCAGAGUGUUAACAAAAAAGUAUGCAUAGUUGGCGCAGGCGCAGCUGGCUUAUGUGCGGCCAGACAUUUGGCGGGAGAUACGAAUAUCGAAACGACGGUAUUCGAACAAACUGGUGACAUUGGUGGUACUUGGGUAUAUAAUGAUCGAAUUGGUUUAAACGAAAAUGGUUUACCAAUUCAUUCGAGCAUGUAUCAGAAUUUAAGAACAAAUUUACCUGCAAAAAUCAUGAAUUUUCCUGAUUAUAUAAGAAUGAAUGCAGAAGAACCAUGUUGUAUAUCUCAUAAUGAAAUUUUAUCUUAUUUACAUAAUUACACAGAAUACUUUCAACUACGUAGGUACAUACAGUUUUACGUAAAAGUUGAAAAUAUACGUCCAAUUAAAUUGGAUAAUAGCAACGAGGAGAAAUGGUUGGUACGUGUUAAACAUUUAAGUACUCAACGUACGGAGGAACAUCGAUUCGACGCAGUUAUGAUUUGUAAUGGACAUUAUUUCGAACCAUAUAUGCCUGCUAUAAAAGGUAUGGACACUUUUCCAGGUAUAGUGACGCAUAGUCAUUCAUACAGAAAACCAGAAGAAUUUAAAGAUAAAAUUGUAUUAAUUUUGGGUGCUGCAUCUUCUGGUGUCGAUAUUGGAAUUGAUUUAACUGAUCAUUCCUCUACCGUUUAUUUGAGUCAUAAUCAAGAAAGAUUCACGAGCGUAUUUCCACCUAACAUGAUACAAGUCGUUGGAGUUGACAGAUUGGAAGGAACGAAAUGUUUCCUGAAAGAUGGAACUUCUGUUAACAUUGACGUAUUUCUUUAUUGUACUGGAUACCAAUACAGUUUUCCUUUCUUAGACGAAAGUUGUGACGUCAGAGUCGAUGAUAAUUACGUAACGCCGUUGUAUAAGCAUCUUAUUAAUAUAGAACAUCAAACAAUGGCUAUUAUUGGUAUACCUUCUCAAAUUGUACCUUUUCCUAUGUUUCAUAUGCAGAUACAAUAUUUCUUGAGUCUUUUAAAAAAUCGUCUUGUUUUACCUUCGAAAUCUCAAAUGCUCGAAGAUUCGAAAUUGAAAGCCUCGAAGAAAAGACACGCACAUAAGAUGAUGACCGAGCAAUGGGAAUAUAACGAUUCGUUGGCAGACGCAGGCGGAUUUGAUCGACUUCCACAAUUUUAUAAAGCUGGUUAUGUUGCAUGGCAUUCACAGAGAAAGGCUAAUCUUUUGCGUUAUAAAUACGCUAAGUUUGUUAUAUCCGAGGAUGGGAAAAAUGUGGAACUCGCUUUAUCUAAUUGACAAUAUUAAAGAAUCGUAAAAUUAUGCGUAUGUGUAUAUAUAUAUAUAUAUAUGAAU